AUGCCAUGUAACAUCAAGAAACUUUCUCCGAAAAUAUGCAACCCAAUUCAUCUGUUGAAGAGUUUAGAUCUAAUGAAUAUGGCAUAUGCACCGAAUGCAAAAAAUUCAAUACAUCCUAUGGAUGGUGUAGAACCUGCGACCCCAUUCGAGAAUAUUGUUAAGAUUGGAGAGGGUGGAUUUAGUACAGUGUAUCGUGCAACUUGGAUAGAUGGAUCCCGAACAUUAGGUUGGGAUGGUAAUUUUUAUGAGAAGAAUGUACCAACGCGUACUAAACCAAUUACCGUGGUACUUAAAACUCUGAGUAAACUCAUGAGCACCUCACCUAAUUUUUUGCAAGAGAAUCUCAAGUGGGAAAAUAAAUUGACGAUACUUUACACAUUAUCCAAGAGUUUAUACUUGAUUCAUGAUUCUGGCUACACACAUGGCGAUUUUCAUAGUGGAAAUAUAUUACAAAAAAGCGAUCAAAGUGACGACGAAAUCAUUUCACCUCCUUCGGCACCAAAUGUAUCGGAAAUACAAUGCGGUCCAAGAGACAGACCAAAAUUUGCGGAUGGCACUCCAGAAUGUUAUAUGAAUUUGGCAAAACAAUGUAUGGAUGAUGAUCCAUCGAAAAGACCACGUAUCAAGAGAGUUCAAGCAAUAAUUUUUAAUUGGAAAAUUAUUAUUCAAGGAUUGCAGGCACUACAAGCACAUAUUUCUAACGACAAGUUGAAAGUCAAGGAAGAAUUUGAGAUUGCCGAUAAGAUGGUUCCAUCUCUCAUAACAACUUCACAAAAACAUCCACAAGCUGUCUACGUAAGCAAACGUCUUUGCUUAUUAGAUAAAGAUGAAAUUCAAAUAAAAUCCUCUAAUGCUACUGGUAAGGCAUAA